AAUAAUAAUAAUAAUAAAAAAAAAGUUGUUGAAAAAAAUCAGGUGCCGCUCAAUGGAGCUAUAAAUUCUUAGCCAAACACUUUUUUUGUCACAAUUUAGUUGUAGGGUUGUUGUUGUUGCUGCUGCCAUUAUUGUUGUUCUUCUUAUUGCUCGUUGAAAGCCUCAAAAAAAAAAAAAAACUAAAAAAAAUUGUUCCUUUUUUGUUAAUUUUCAGUUCAGAUACGUAAAGGUAAAGCUGGCUAGUAGAAGGUUGGUAGCUUUGAGGCGUAGCAAUCAUUGGGUUCUUUUAGAUUUUGACUAUCUUCUUCCAGUCUGGCCGCUAUAAAAACUUCCUGCUUCUCUCGCACCUCUAAGUGGGUGUGGGGCAAGAACGAGGGGGUGAUUUUACUAUGUGUUUUGAGGAGAUCAAGAUCAUCACAUAUCUGGAGAUUGUGCCGUGUCUCAGCAGGGCUCACACUUGAUUAUGGCUAAGAUUGCUCUGUGCUAAGUCCUUCAGUCAUGUGACCUUAUUUUGCUGAAAUUCUACAGAUUACCAGUUUAGAAAAAUAUUAGAAUAUUAGAGCUCUUCAAUAUCUCGAAAGUGAUUAGAUCUCAUGUGAACCCAAUUUUUUUUCUUUUUUAAAGAUGUUUAAGUUUUCAUGCUUCCCAGCUCACAUCCAUUCCCACAGGCAUAAGAAAACGGUUCAAUUAUCUGUUGAAGCAAUGCAUAAAACACUUGAAGAUUGUUCUCAGAAUCACGCCAUGAAGGAUUUUGCAUACUUGUCCACAACUAGUGCAUCAUGUGCGGCGGAUGGAGAUGCUCUCGAAAACUAUGCGGGUCAUGCUUCAGAUUCUUCUCGCUUAGAGCAUGAUUAUAAAUCUGAGGAAUUAAAGAGCAAAUCUAAUACUGAAUGUGAAGUCAAAAUAUAUAGCAGUGCACAGAUGAGGAAGAGUUUAUCUUUGGGUAGUGGCUUGCAUUUGGAAGGAAGAGUUGCCAGCGGCAAUAACUCAGAGCAUGAGAGUGGUAGAUAUUCUUGUGAUGAAUCAGAUGAUCAAUGCGGAUCAGCAACUGCAGAUGGUGGGAAGGAAUUUGAUAUCAGCUUGCUUGAUUUAUUUCACGCAGCUGGACCCUCUGAUUCUGUUCAAGUAAACUCUAAUUUGGCUAACAAUGAGUUGAUAUCUUCCAUUGGAGAUGCAAAAGAGUCAGAAAAAGAGGGACAAGAGAACUAUGAGGUUCAGUUGUCUAAUGCAAAUGAGUCUGGUGACUGUUCACCACGUACUUCUCCUUGUAUUGUAAAAUCAAGUUCAUUGCCUAACAUUCAUUCCCCAGGUCGACAAUUUAGCCGUAAAUUCCAUCACUCCAGAUCUGCUGAGGACUUGAAUAUUUUAGAUGCAAGAAGGAAAGAACAUUUUGUGGAUGAGGUAGCAAACAAGGCAAUGAGACAUGAAAAAGAAGAUUGUUUACAUAGUAAUGAAAUAGGUAAUGAUGAAACCCCACCGGAUGAGAACUUUGAUACAUAUACCUAUGUUGGCUCAGCCAAAGACUGGAUAUUACCUGGGAUGGAUGAGGUUAACAUGAAGAGGCAUGCUAAUGGAGAAUCUACGUUUUGCCGGUGGAAUGAACUGACAGGCAAUGAUUUUAAGACAAAACGUAUUGAGGAGUGGGUUACAGACCUUCAGCAUUGUGGCAGAUUUGAAGAAACAGAUGACUUUUCUGUUCCUGAGAAUGGUCCUGAAGUUCAAAAAGGUAAAGCUGUCUUGGAUGCUUCUCCUGUUGCAAAGUUGGAUAGUAAGGUCAGACCUGGUGCAGAAAGUAUUAAGAAAUAUAUCUCUUCAUUGAGUGCCAAUGCCACAUCAGCUCAGAUGAUAAAUCAUGGGUUGGUUGUGAUUCCAUUUCUCAGUGCUUUUGUGAGUUUGAGAGCACUUAACUUAUCUGGGAAUUCCAUAGUGAGGAUAACUGCUGGUGCUCUCCCUCGAGGGCUUCAUGUUCUGAAUCUGUCCAGGAACAGUAUCUCAGUUAUUGAAGGAUUGCGUGAACUUACACGACUUCGUGUUCUUGACCUGAGCUACAAUCGACUAGUAAGGAUUGGACAUGGUCUUGCUUCAUGUUCUUCCUUGAAAGAGCUGUACCUAGCCGGGAAUAAAAUCAGUGAGGUUGAGGGUCUUCAUCGCCUCCUAAAAUUGAAUGUCCUGGAUUUGAGAUUCAACAAAAUAUCUACAGCCAAAUGUUUGGGCCAACUUGCAGCUAAUUAUGGUUCUUUACAAGCAAUCAGCCUGGAAGGGAACCCUGCCCAGAAGAAUGUUGGUGAUGAACAACUGAAAAAGAAUCUCCAAAGCCUUCUUCCGAACCUCAUUUACUUCAACAGAAAACCCGUCAAGGUGAAGGACACAGCAGACAGAUCUGCUAGAUUAGCCAUUGGAGCUCAUCAGAUCGAUAGAGGUCUCAAGCCUGUCAAGCCUAUGCGGAAGGCAAGCCAUGGUAUUGUCACACACAAAGCAUCAUCUUUAUCAACCCAUGGUCGUAAAAGUCAAAAAGUGACCUCAACAAAACCAUCCAAGAGUAGACCCACCGCCCGCCUGCCCCCUAUUGGAACUAAAACUACUACACGGCAACAGGUCUAUGACUUCAGCAGCAAACUUCUUAGCUUCAGACCUGACCUGUCUAUGCGCAGGACCCGGAGUGAGGGAACUCUUGGUGUGAUUUGAGGAUCACAGUAUUUAACUUAAGAUACUUUUAAUGUGGUCUUCCUGUUUCAGUGUUUGAACUAGUAUAGUAAUUAGGGAAAAUCUGUCCCUUCCCCCUAUCCCUCUAGAUUUAGUUGCCCUGCGAAGAUCAGCAAGGCAGCCCGCACUUGUGAACUUCAGUCGACUUGUGCCUCUGUGCCUGCCGGUAUCCAGAUUUCAGUUCUAUGAUUUAACCUUUAUUGAAUUGUGUUUUAAGGACAAUAUAUUUGUGUGGUAUAUUUGCUAGCCUCAUAUCAUAUGUGCAGGCGAUGUACCAUAACAGUUUCAAAUUUCUUGAAGUAUAUUUUUGGAUACAAAUAAGAAGUUCACUGUUUCGGAAA